AUGAUGAUGAUGAAGCUUCUGUUCUUCAAUAUCCUAUUAGCAGCGGCCUGGGCCGCAGCUGAAGCUCAAUCCCUUGCAGGCUGUCCCGACAAAUGCCGUGACGUGGACAUUCCAUAUCCAUUUGGUGUUGGGGUACAACCUGGUACUUCUCGCAACUGUUUCUUGGAUCAAUCAUUUAAUCUCACUUGUGACAACACAACAUCCACAUUAUAUUUUGAGAAUUACCCAGUUUCCAACAUAUCCCUCCAACGAAAUCAAAUGGACAUUUCAACGCUGCUCUCUAGGGGUUGUUGCAAUCGAACAGGCACGAUCCAUAAUAUUUACACCAAAGGCUUCACCAUUUCCAGCACCCAAAACAAGUUUCUAACCAUCGGAUGCGAUGCUUUGGGCGUACUUAUCUUCCGCAAGAACUUCACUUAUUACAGUGGCUGUGUGGCGCUAUGUGACAAACCUCCUCCAAAAGGGAUGAUUGAUCAGACUUGUUCAGGAACUGGGUGUUGUCAGGUGGAUAUUCCGACAGGAAUGAAUAAUAUCAGCUUUUAUGGAGCUACUGUCGACAACCAUACCAAAGUUUGGACCUUCAAUAAUUGUAGUGCUGCUUUUGUUGCCAAAAGUGAUUGGUUUAGUUUCUCCCUCGAUUAUCUGCAAAAAUUUCCCUUGGAUAGGGUCCCACUUGUCGUGGAUUGGACUGUUUCGAAUGUUUCUUGUCAAACUGCUUCCAGUAAUGAAGAAGAAUAUGCUUGCAAAUCCAACACAGAUUGUGUGGAUUCCAGUGAUGGAACUGGGUACACGUGCAAAUGUAAAUCUGGGUUUGAGGGAAAUCCAUACCACCCGGAUGGAUGUCACGGCAUUAGCGGAGCCUUGUUGGUUGUCAUUACACUAAUAUUCACAUUAUGUUGGGCACGCAAGCAAAGAACUCUAAAACAGCUGAAGAGAAGAAAUUUUGAGCAGAAUGGAGGAUACAUGUUGCUACAACAACUUUCACAACAUCAAGGGUAUGGUGACAAAUUCAAACUAUUUACGGAAAUUGAGCUUAAGAAUGCCACAAACAAUUUUGAUGAAUGUCGAAUCCUUGGUCGUGGGGGCCAAGGCAUAGUUUAUAAAGGCAUAUUACCAGACGACUCUAUUGCUGCCAGUAAGAAAUCUAAAGUAGCAGGAAAUCUCAGACAAAUUAAAGAUUUUAUCAAUGAAGUGUUUGUUCUUUCUCAAAUCAAGCAUCGAAAUGUUGUCAAACUUUUGGGAUGUUGUCUCGAAACCGAUGUCCCAUUGUUAGUAUAUGAGUUUGUGGACAAUGGCACCCUUCUUGACCACAUAGAUCCAUCACAUGAGUUUUGUAUUAAUUGGGAGACUAGAAUAAGGAUAGCUGCAGAAACUGCUGACGCUAUUUCUUAUUUACACUCAUCUGCUUCCAUUCCAAUUAUUCAUCGAGAUAUUAAAUCUACCAACAUACUCUUAGAUCAUGAUUUGAGAGCAAAAGUAUCUGACUUUGGAGCUUCAAGACUUGUUCCUCUAGAUAAAACUCAUGUUACUACCAUGAUACAAGGAACUUUUGGAUACUUGGAUCCGGAGUAUCUUCACAUAGGUCAGUUAAAUGAAAAGAGUGACAUUUACAGUUUUGGAGUUGUACUUGUGGAGCUACUUACAGGAAUGAAAGCAGUUGAAUUUAGUUGGCCAGAACAUAAAAAUUUGGCAAUGCAUUUUGUAUCUUCAAUGAGAGAAAAUCGUUUUUGGGAAAUUCUCGACAAACGAGUAUCGGACGACCCAAAGAAUGCCAAGCAAUUGAAGGAAGUAGCUUUAUUGGCAAUGAGGUGUGUUAGAGUGAAAGGAGAGGAAAGACCCACUAUGAAAGAAGUAGCAAAGAAACUAGAGGAUCUAAUUGCAAUGGACAAACGUCAUUGGGUGAUGAGGGCUGAGGAUCUUAUGUCAGAAGAAGGUGAACGCUUACUUUGUCAUAUACCUGUUGUAGAUAGGGCAGUUGGUGAUGGUACUUUAGCUUGUUAUGAUAGCAUAUUGAAGGAGAUUGCAACUGAAAUUGCAGAUGGACGAUGA